UUGAUCACUGCACCUCCUGAGUAACUCCCCCUUAAAAAUGGCAGCCUCCUUGACACAGCAGACGAAAGAAUGUAUUUUCAAAACAUGUUUAUUUUGCAACUUAUUCCAUAAAACGAUUGCUACACGAUCUAUGAACAUAAAGAGAUCGCAUAUUAGUGCAACUGUCCAAAAGUAUGUCGCAUUCGGAAAGAAGUGGGGCUUAUUUAUACUACAAAUUAUCGUUUUUUUGUUGUUGCCAUUGUUGAUUGAAUUGAUUGAUUCAGUAUUUAGCCCAGCAAAAACAUUUAAUUUUUAGCAUUUCAAUUUCAUAAAAAAUUAAUAUUAAAAUUGAAUGAACCAAGCUACCAAUAGCUUUUGUAUGAAUUUGAAUCAAUGAUUAAAUAAAUUUAAGUUAUUAAUUAAGUUUAAUCAUUAUUACAAUAACUCAAUUUAGUUUUUGAGUUUGACUUUGUGAGUUGGUCACUCAGUCAGUGUGACCCAUCAGAUCAUCAGAGUUUGAUUAACUUGGUGUUGGGCUUGUCAACACUUUAUCAUUGUCUCAUUGCACACGCCAAAUAGUAAUUAUCAUUACCUCUCCAAAGUAGGAUUUCUAAUUCUUUCAUGAUAGUUAUGACUAGAAAUAUUUUACGAGAACCAAGGCUCAUGACCAAUCUGUUUUUUUUUUAAAUUUUAAAUGUCUUAUAUUAUAAAUAUAUUUCACAGAGAGGUACAGCCUGAAUGGCAAGGAGUAAUAGGGCUGGAAAUACAUGCUCAGAUUAAGACACUUUCAAAGCUUUUUUCUGGUGCUGCAACAAUUUAUGACGCAAAUACCAACACUCAAGUUGCUUUUUUUGAUGCUGCGUUGCCUGGAACCUUACCAGUACAGUAACUUUGAAAAUAUUUAGUUUGACUGUAUCAAAACAGGUUAUUAAAAUGACCUGUAAAAUACUACUGGUAUAUGAAAUUGUUAAAUAUUUUUAUUUAUGCAAUUUUUUCUGUAAUAUCUAUCAAUCUUACAACUUAUGUGAAUAUUUUUUUUUUGGCUCUUGAAAUUAAAAAGCCAUUACAGAAAUAAUUUACAUUCCCUCUCCUUUAGGUACUUAACCAAAAGUGUGUUCAAGCAGGAGUCAUGACAGCACUGGCACUAGGAUGCGACAUCAACCUUGUUUCCAAGUUUGACAGGAAGCAUUACUUUUAUGCUGACAUGCCAGUAGAGAUUGCCUUUAGAUUAUUUUUAUUCUUUAUGCUCUUAGUCUUAGUAACACCAUACCAUUGCUCUUUACAUAUUCCCAUGACAUCAAAACAAAUUAGCUUUGAACUAUAUUGUAUUAUUUUUAAUUUUUUAUCCUAAAAAUCUUUGAAAUGUGUUUAAUAUUUCAAGUGAUAGAAAGAAUAUGUCCUAAACAAAGUUAGAAAUAGCCAGUACCGGUACCGGUAUAUUAAUAAUAUUUUUUCAAAUGGAGGCAAUCUAAAAACUAUCACAAUCUCAUAUUCUUCUAAUGUUAACAAUAUUGAUUAAUGGGUGAUCCUAGAACGAGUCAUAAUUGUGCUAUGAGUUUAAUAUCAUGAUCAUUCUGAGUGAAUCUAAAUAAUCUUUUCGUUCUUUUAUUUUUUAACAUUUUUUACUUCUUUAAUUUCAUAUGCUAAUGAAUUGUUUACUUUUUUCAUUUCACAGGCUGGGUAUCAGAUUACUCAAUACAGAAAGCCAUUGGCAGUUAAUGGCCGUAUGACUUACAUGUUCCAAUGCUCACACAACAAUAAAAUCGAAAGAAGAUCUGCUCAGAUAUUACAGAUUCAGUUAGAACAAGACAGUGGCAAGAGUUUGCAUGAUCCUGCUGUAGGGUACAGUUUGAUUGACUUAAACAGGGCAGGUGAGUUAUGGCAGUUUUACUGGUUCAAGUUCAAGCAAUAUUGUGCAUUAAUAUUUUUUUUUACUUGAUCGGUAGAGACAUUAGUCAGAUUCAUGAAUCAAUAAAAAAUUAUUGUAAACUUUUGCAUUUACUUUACUUUAAUUUCAUUCCUUUGCCCUUUUUUCUUCUUUUUUUUUUUUCUAAAUAAAUUAAUUUGUAAAUUAUACAGAGAUAGUAAGAAUAAUUAUAAAAAGUGUUGGACUGCAAUAAAACUUUAAAAUAUAUUAAUAAGACACGAACAAAUUUUUCAAGUUUAAUUCUGUAUAAUGUACAAUUAUUAUUAAAGCUAACUCAUAUUGUUCUAUUGACACAAUUUGUUCGUGUCUUAUUAAUAUAGUAAGAAUAAACAUUUUAAUAGUAGUAGUACCAGGUAAAAUCAUUUUAAAAAUUACUGCAGUAUUUCAUUGGCUUACCUAGGCAUUGGUCUGAUGGAAAUUGUUACUGCCCCUGAUUUCACAUCUGGAGAUGAUGCUGCCAGUUUUGUGAAGGAUUUACGAGACAUUUUGAUUGAUAUUGGUGCGUGUGAUGGCAAAAUGGCAGGUAAUUCAAUUCUAAUUCUACUAUAACAUUCAAUUUUGAUAAAUCUUGUUUAAUUUUAAUAAUGUAACCUUUUGAGUUAGGAUAUCUUUGACCAUCAACCUCCUUUCAAACCCAUUGUUUCAGAUAUUUAACCUUUUGAAAUGCCAGCCAGAGAAAUAUAUUUUUUUUCAGCAUUGGAUGCUUUUUGUGUUUUCAUUGCAAUGCAAUCAUUGUCCUAUUUUACAAUGCUUUCGUAAUGUAAAUUCUUAAAUGUCUAAACUAUGCCUAAAUACUCAGCCAUGCUUGAUAUUAUUGAUAUCCAUCAUAAAUUUUAAUUUCUUUAUCAAUUGGUUUCAUAAUAAAUAUUUUGCAGUACUUUAAUUACUUUAUGGUACAUAUUCUUGCAUUCGGUGGAAUUUUUUUUUAAUACUGAGUAGACGGUGUCAUUUAUUUGUAAAGCAAUGUUAGCCUAACACUAUGUUGGGCAGCUAGACUGAACCUGUUGCAGGGCUAAAUUAUUGUUUAGUAAAAUAUGGCUCCAUGGCCUUCAUUUUUGUGUGCUUCAUUACCUGGUGCUGUAUACAGCAGCGGUACCCAUUAUCUCACUCAGUCGCCAUAUGUAUAUUUCUUAUUUCUAAAUAGUGUAUUGACUGCUGUUAUUCCUUUAAAAAUAAGGUUUUAGAUUCAAGGUUCAUGUAAAAGAGAUUCUCUCUUGAUGAUUUAUGCAAAAUCUUGAAAAAAAAUAAUUGAAGGUCAAUGUUGUUGAGUUUGUUAUCAAUACUGUGUGUUUCAUAUUUUGUUAUUUACAUCUUGAUGCUAAUCUUCCCUCUAAUUACUCUUAUGCUUGAUGAAAUAUGUUUGAAAAUUCUGUUUUAAUUGUUGGUGUCUUAUUGAUAUUCCUAGAGGGAUCUCUACGAGUUGAUGCCAACAUUUCAGUUCAUAGACCUGGUGAACCUUUAGGAAUCAGAUCAGAAGUUAAAAAUAUUAACUCAUUUAGGAAUAUUCGUCUUGCAGUUGGUAUGUUUCAAAAUACUAUAUUUUAAUAGUAUUAAUAUUGAAAGCUAAAUGCACUAAAAAAUUAGAAAAAUCAAUUUCUUUUAUAAUGAAAUAAUAAUUAUUAUCAGUAUUUAAUUGAGCCAAUCAUUUAAAACUUCUGUACCUGGUACUGGUAGACUUUGCAGAAUGUUAAAAAAAAAAAAAAUCUUUUUUAAUAAGUUCCUGUUAGAUAAAAAAUAAUAACAUUAUUUACUUCAGGAUAGUUAUUUUGUACGUUCAAUGUGAGCCAAAGAUGUUAUUGGAUCAUCUGGUUAAAUUAAUAAAUUCACUAUUUCAGAUUAUGAAAUUAGACGGCAAAUUCAACUCUUAGAGUCAGGAGAGCAAGUUGUGAAUGAAACAAGAUCUUUUGAUAUACAGGAUGGGUGGGUGUUUAUAUCAGUUAUUAGUUAAUAGACAAAUGUUAUCACGGCCCUAUCUUUUAGUUUAUACUAGGGUAAAUUUUAAUUAUUAUCUUAAACUAUUUUUCAGAACUAUUUUGAUAUUUAAAAAAAAAUCUGAACUACUACUAUUUUUUUUUCUGUUUGAAAUUCACAGUGAGACAGUGACAAUGAGAGAAAAAGAGAAAGUACUUGACUAUCGCUUUUUGCCUGAACCUAACCUACCACCACUGGUCAUUCAUAAAGACAGGUCUUCAGUGAAAUCAUCUCAAAAUGUUGUAGUGUUAGAGGAGGUGAAAUCAGUAUUGAAAGAGUUACCAGAUGAGAAAAGAAAGCGUCUAGAGACAAAGUACAAUAUCAGUUUAAAGAAUUCUGUUAUAUUGGUGGUAAGCUUUUUUGUGUGCUAAAUUCUUAAAACAUUUAAGUUUUAAAAUCAUUAAAAAAAUACAGUGGUAUGCUCAUUUAUGAUAAGUUUUAAAAUAUCAUAUAAAUAUAUAUUGAAAUAUUGGAGAACAAUUGGAAAAUUGUAUUUGAGAUAUAAUGCAAAUAUGCACUUCCUCAAUAUUGAUAGUUUUUCUCUGAAAACAUGUUAUUCUUUCUCAGCGAGCCAAUCUAGCAGAGUUAUUUGAAAAGUUGGUUGAACAUCAUUCGUGUGAUCCUGCAGCUGCAUCAUCAGUACUUAGAAAUAGUUAUGCACCUUUCUUGGAUAAAGCAAAACUGAAUUCAACUGACAGGUAGAAAGAUUGAAUAAUAACUCUGUAAUUUAAGAGUUCAACUGAAAAUAGUUCUGUAGUUUUUUUUUUAUAAGAUUUUUCAUACGGUAAAGAAAACCAAUAUAGUUUGGAUAAUAAUUUUUUUUUAUGAGCUAUAAUGAGUUCUCAAAGUAUGAUUAUGAAAUAUCACUCAUUUACAUUUUCUUCUCAGGCCAAUUAGUGAUGACGGUCUUGCUGAAAUCAUUAACAUUUAUGGAAGAGGAGAAAUUAGUGAAACUUCUUUAGGAAUAGUAAGAUAUGUUAUGUUAUACUUUUGUUUUAUUCCGUGCUAAAUCAGUUAGGAAAGUACCAAGUUAAUUCUUUUAUUAGAGUAGCGCUCGUAGUACGAAAUCCUUUCUUACUCCCUCCCUAUUUCUCACUAUACACCUGCCUACCCUACUAUUUACUGCUUUUCUAUGUACUGGUAUUAUUAUUAUGUUUGAUCAGAGUGCCUAGCAAUUUAACACUGACAUCCAUUUAAUGGGUGCUAAAUCACUACCCGGUACUGCUAAUCUUACUAGAACUUUGCUUUUCUUUAUGAGGAUAUCCCAAAGUUUUUACACUCUGUUAUUACUAAGUUACAAGAGUUCAAAGUUUAGCAAGGCUUGCAACAUUCUUGAGUGUAAUUAUUAUAAUUAUAAUUAGGUAGUCCAAACUGAAGAAAAAAUGCUUUUUAGGGUCAUUUUUCAACAUUCUUGAGUGUAAUUAUUAUAAUUAUAAUUAGGUAGUCCAAACUGAAGAAAAAAUGCUUUUUAGGGUCAUUUUUCAUAAUUUAAAAAAAAAAAAUAAUAAAUACUUCUAGCAGUGUUACACCAAUAAAAUUUAUAUGUGAGUAAAGUUUAAGUCUUUAUCUGUCAAAAUAUAUUACUUCUGUGUCUUUAACUUGUAUAUGAAAGUGUUGUUUGUGUGUUUGAAAAGGAUCAGUUUUGACAAAUUUUACGGCGCUUUCGUGAGUGCCGAUAUACCCCAUGGUAUUUCAAACACUCGUGGCUUCGCAUGUAUUCAAGUUAGCGACAUAAUGCUACCACCACGUGAAAGAGCAGAUCCUGGCCUUUUAUUCGAUCUAUAGAAAGGUUAUCUACCUCGGUUAUUUUCUUUUAAAAAUGCAAUUUAAACACUUAAAUUGAAGAAAAAUAGUUGAAAAUAAUGGACUUUUAGUACACUUUUCACACUGAUGGAAAGUUCAUUUUUAUAACAUUUUUGUGUUUUAAAAUCAAAUGAGUGGUGACGAUAAACGCGAAGCCGUGCCGUUUAGAAAGACCCAUCCGUCAUUCGCCCUGAAGUCCUUUUUAACAAAAUCUCUCAGAGCGCUUGGUGCUGCGAGUCUACCGGUUUUGCGCAACGGAUUAAUCGAGCUAGAAUCUUCAAUCUACUCGUAAGUAUUAUAAUUUAAGUUUCAUAUACAUAUUAACUCACGAAUUUAUUGUUUUGGGUUUGAGUUUUAUUCAAUUAAUGAAAGAUAUUAGGGUAUUUUGUAACGAAACUGAGCUCGUGGGUCUGCCCGUGUACAGGCUUAUUCAUGUGAUGUGAUUAGAGGCUCAUGUAUUUAAUUUAGGGCAGCUCAUCGAUACAUAUUAUGGUUCAACACCUUUCUGAAAGGAUAAUGUAUAAUUAUUAGUUAUAAUUUAUAAAAAUGGAAAUAAGAUAAGGCCGUAAUAAUAAUUUUUAAAUGAGCUUUCUACCCAAAAAAGUGAAUCGACAAACUCAAAAUGGCUGCCCGCUAGUCUUGUGUACUGGGUUAUGUUAAGUGGACGGUCUCAUAUUAUUAUCGGGAGAAGAGGUUUAUACGUAAUUUAAACAUCGGUGAAUCACAAAAUAACUGUUUACAAAUUAUUGCGAUUAUUUUGAUAGUUGUGUUUUAAAUAAUUUACUUAGCAUAAGAAGUAAUAAAAACCAAGGAAUAAUUGGUUAUAUUUUAUUAUAUUGUUCUGAACUGUGCAUAUUAUAAUAUCGACUAAACACUAUGACAUGGACUCGCCCAAUCCACUCAUUCUUGAGCCUUAUCACUCUCAAAUAUAAUCAGUUAAAAUUCACUUAAGUUUAAGUUAUUUGAAUAUAUUAUAUGUCACAGGCUUAUUUAUAAUUAUAAUAACAGUAGUACUAGUAGUAUUAUUGACAACCAUUUCAACAUAAUUUCUUUCUUUUCAAUGUUAUAUUUAUAUAUUUAAGUAACAAUGGAUAACAACACAGAUGACAGCACAGAAUGUGGUGACUUGGCUGCUGGUACCCACAGUACAGGACCUGCAGUGAACUGUCCACGGAUUACCAUUAGGAAUCUAAUAUGUAAGUAUAAUUUCAAUACAUUUUGAACAAAUUAGGCUUAUAUGUUUUCUACCAUUAGAUAUGAUAGAGAAUUAUGUAAUUCUAGUCCACAUAGAUGUUAAUAGAAGUACUUUUUUUAAAAUGAAAUGUGUUAUUACUUAAUAAUUGUUUAAUAUUCCAUUGCUUAUUCUACAGCUGGGGAAAUUCUUGAUGGCCUAUGUGCUUCAUUUUUAACUGAAGGGAAAGGGAGAAGACCAACGCCCCCUGCCGUCCCGAGAACUUACAGCCUACUGUUGAUGCUGCACUCGAUAAAACUACAGGGAAACAAGACCAGUAAGGAUGUUAUCAAAUGGUUCCAGAAGCUGUUUCCUGACAGUCAUUACCAACCACAUAGAUUUGUUAUAAAAAUGAAACGUGUGGCCUCUACUGCUGUUACACUUAUUGGUACUGAUUCUUUUAUGGACUAUGUGUCAACUCCACUAAAUUUGGAUUCUGUGUCUCCUGCUUUGGAUGAUUAUGGUAUUAAUUUAAAAAAUUAUUUUUACACCUUUAAAUUUCAAUAACACUGUCAAAGUAAUGUUAUUGUUACAAAUCAAAUUGUUGUUGAUUUUGAACUUUUCAGAUCUAAGGAAAGACUGUUCAACUCAUUUACUGUUCAGUGGUUGCUUAAAUUAUUAAGUUAUGAUGAAAAUCCCCUAGAGUACCGGGUAUAAGAAAGUGGGAUUGCGAUGUACAAAAACUGUUGAAAGCACUAUGAAGUAUUAUAAAUCAUAGAUGAAAAGGGGGAAAACUAGUGAUGAGGUAAAACAGUUUCUUUGUAAAGAAUUUGAUUUAAAUCUAGGUGAUGGAAAAGUGUUACUUGGUGUCAGGGAAGAGGAUUAGGGGGUUGAAGGUGUACCAGUUAAUGUAGUGCCAGUUCAUAAAAUUAAAUGUAAUGAAUGUAAUGCUUUAAGAGAUAAGCUAGCUUCAUCGACACAUCUUGUCACCACUAUUCAAAAUGAAAAGCUAGAAAUAAAAACUAGAUUAAGUGUAUUUGAAACAGACAAGUUAUAAUUAUUUAAUGAGAAAUUAGAUUCAGAAAAAAAGUUAAAAGCAAAUUGCAUGCUUAAAUGUAAAAAACUUUCAGAGAGACACAAAAACAUAAUUCAACACAAGAAAGAAGAGUUUAUAAUGAUGAAAUCAAGUUUAGAAAAAAACAUAGAUGUUGUAAAAAAGGAAAAUGAUGAUUUAAAAGUUAAACUCUCAAAGAGAUAUGUAAUAAUAAAACAGCUUAAAGAAGAACUAGCAUCUUUGAAACAUGAUAUUUCAAAAGUAUCAUCAGAAAUUAAAGAAUUAGAUUCAGGUUGUGUUUAUUUGAAAGGUGGUAGGUGGAAUGUCUAUUCUGAUAAUGUUAGGCAAGUAGUUAUAGGUCUUCAGGCAGAGGCAGGAGUAGUUCCCGGAAAUGUAUCAAAUAGUUAGUGAAGGAUUAUUUAAUAAUCAUAUUUCUGGCUCAGAUUUACCUUCUAAGCAGGCAGCCAUCAAUAUGUUAAGUGAAGGUUAUGUUAUUAGUUAUUUACAAGCUGUAGAGAGCAUUGCUCAGAGUUCAAAUUUUAUUUUACAUAGUGAUGGUACUUCAAGAGAUCAAAGAAAGAUAGUUAACCACCAAGUAACCAUUGACAAUGGAGACACACUUUAUUUAGGAUUUAAACCUGUUGCAUCAGAAGAUGCUAACACUUUAUUAGAUGUCACUAUUGAUUUAUUUAAAAAAUUAUCACAGAGUUAUGCAGAUUUGUCUCAAUCAGAUUUUCAUGAAAUAUUUAAGUCACUUUUGUCAAAACUGACUAGUACAAUGACUGAUAGAGCAGCUACAAUGAAACUUUUUGAUUCAAAAUUGGAAUCUUUUUUACAAUCUGAACUUGGUUUUAAUGUAAAAUUACAUUUUCUUCAUUGUAAUGCCCAUUUUUUAUUAGGAUUAGGAAGUGCUAUUGAGAAGGCAGUAUUAGAAGCUGAGAAAGAUUUAAUAGAAUUUAUAGAAAGAAGUCUGGGGAGGGAUCAAGAUGCAUACCUUAAGAAGUUUUGUAGAGAAUCUGAGAGUGCUACUAAGAGGGUUAUCAGAUUAUGUUGUGAUAUUCUUGGUCCAACGGGUGAUAAAAAAAAUGGAUGUAGAUCUGAAUGGAUUAUUUUUUGUGAAACUUCUUCUGUUCCUAGUUUUAAGAAUAAUAGAUUUAAUUGUUUUUUUGAAGCUGCAUUUGCAAUUAUGCAUCACAGGCAAAAAAUAAAGCAAUUGUUUUCAUCUGGCAUUCUAGGGGGAGAUAGAAAUUCUAAAAUUCAAAGUGUUGCUCUUGAUAUUGAUGACGAUAUGUUAAUGACUAUUGUCUGUGCUGUUGCACUUUUUUAUAUUAAGGUUUCUGGACCUUACUGGAAAAUUGUCACCAGUGACAAAUGUAAUUAUUCUCAAUUUCAUUUCCAUGUAAAAUCUAUGUCUGAUUGUUUUAAGACAUGGAUUGAUGAUCCUGUUAGUAUUUUGCAUGAAAUUUCUAUACCUGUUUUUGGUGUUGAAUGGUCUAUUGAUUUUAAAUGUAAAUCUGUUGACUUCAUUAUUGAAUUUAUUAAAGUUUGUGAUAACAAAAUUCUCCUGAAAGUAGUAUCUGGUAUGGCAAGAGGAGCCAUGACAGUCCUUAACAGACAGCUGUCUGAUUUUCUGAAUGGGGGCAAAUUAUCCUUUUCAGAACAUACUAUGGCAGAAACAUUAAACCACUGUCCUCUAACAAAUCUUGUUGGUGAAAGUGCUUUUGGUGAUUUUGACUAUGAUUUGAGUAGGAGAAGAAACUCUUCAAUUUUUAAUAGAUCCUCAUUGCAUGUUGUGAAAAGAAAUAAAACACUUGCAUUCAUAAAAAGAAAAGCUCUCAACUCUUAAGAGAACUUUAUUUCAGUUUGCUAGGAGAAGGGCUGUAAUGUUGAAAAAAGAGAGAAUAGAUGAUGAAGAAAAUGUAAAAAAUUCCAUGAGAGAGAAGUUUGUAUCAAAUCAACAAAAGCUUAUUUACAAACGUCUGUCAUCGAUAAUGAAACACUCAGCCAUUGUGGCAAAUGUUGGAAAACACGGUGGGCCUUGUAAGACUGCAAGUGACGUUGAUAAUCUUUUGUUGAAGUUAAAACAUGACAAAAAUUCAAACAACAAAAUUUUAGAAAUUUUCAGAAAUGAAAUAAGGUAUCAUAAGGUUGUUAAAGGAAAUAAGCAUUUGAAAUAUGGGUCAUUGACAUUUAUGACAAAUUCAUUAAAAAACAUUAAUUUUGAUGUUGAUGAUAAUACUUCUUCUGAAGUACCGGUACCACAGACUUCCAGUUCCACCAAUUUAAAAAGGAAAAGAGAUAUGUUAUCAAAUGAAUCCAAGUCACAAAAAAAUAAAAGACCUGAUUGAAUUCACUUUGUAAUAUUAUUACAUUGCAUGUGAGUGUUUCUUGAAACUAUUGCUAUUAAGUCAGUGUAUGUUAUGCUGAUUUGCAUUAUAUAUAAUUUAAAUAAGAUCUAGGAUAUGUUCAUUUUUGUCACUGAUUUGACAUAUUUUUACUGUUGACAUUUUGUAUAAUGGUACAAUUGUGUGCAGGGUACUUGUUUUUAAUAAUCAUUUUGGUGCCAGUAAUUCAGUGUUUUUUUAUAUGCCAUUAAGUUUUGAAUCACAUUGAAUGUUAUGCUGCUUAUAAUUAUCUUUCAUUUGAUGUAUGAUAUGUUUAUUUUUGUCAAUGAUUUGACAUAUUUUUACUUUUAAUAUUUUGUAUAAAAUUGUGUAGUGGGUACUUUUUAAUCUCAUUUUUUUGUGCCAGUGUUGUUUUAUUUUGAUGCCCUUAAGUCCUUAAGUUUUGAAUCACAGAGCAUGUUAUACUGCUUAAAUUUAUCUUUCAUUUGAUGUAUGAUGUAAGAUAUGUUCAUUUUUGUCAUUGAUUUUAUAUAUUUUUAUUGUUAAUAUUUUGUACCCAUUAAUGCUAAGUUGCUCUCUUUUUUUCAUGGUAUAGGGCAUGGCUUUGCUUCUUAUUAUUCUAUUUUUUAUGAAUAGGCAUAUCUGAGCUCAUUUUUUUUUACAAUUUUGUAACAGUUAUGUGGUACAAUGCGUUUUUAAAUCGCAUUUUGAUAACCUUCAUUUUCUAUAAAAUUGUGUCGUGGGUAAUUUUGUCCUUAAUUUAGUGCCUGUAGGUAUUUCUUGUUGCCAUUAAGACACAGUGCAUGUUAUGCUACUUUAAAUUAUCUUUCAUUUGAUGUAUGAUAUAUUUAUGUACGUCUGUUAAAUAUUUUUUAACGAAUUUUUAAAAAUGGUGUAUUUUUACACUUUUUCUGUCUGAAAAUAAAAACGACUAAAAAUCAUUCUUGUUAUUUUUUAUUUUUUACUAACUAAAAAUUAAUAGAUCUGGCUGCUUGAAAAAAAUUGGGCUUACAUAUUGUAAACUUUGGAGCACAUACACUAAUUCCUGGACUUCUCUGUUGAUUAUUUUAGAAAAUAUAGGUCCUUAAACAUGGCACUUUUUCACAAGGAGAAAAAAUCCAUUUUUGGUAGAUUUUCAGCAAAUUUAAAAAUCGCAUAAGUUUUUUGUUUAUUGAGAUAUCUACAUGAAAUAAGUGGGCUAUAUCUUAGAAUAAAAAGUUCUGUCAGAUGAAACUCACCACAUAUGUCUGCUAUGUUAAAAAAAAAUUAGUUUGGACUACCUAUUAUAAUAUUAGCAAGUUAAAAUGAUGAAACUAGCCAACAGAAUUUGGCAGAAUAUCUACCAGUACCACUGAAAUUGAUUCAGAAAGUUAUAUUAAUUUAUUAAUGAUCAUAUGGUUAAGGUUGACUCUGAAUUGAAUUUAACGUUUUAAAAUUAGAAGGGAAUUCCUUUGCAUGCGUGGAGGUGGUUAUGAAGUCUAAUGCUGCAUUUGUAGAUCUAUAGCAACUAGCAUUUGGGACAGUCAAAUGCAUCAUUUACAACAGAUACUAAUAUUAAUAAAUUAUUUUUAAUGAGCCUAAGUAGUUCAAAUGAUGUACAUCAAAUAAUUUGUUUUUUCUUUUCAGCUCCUUCGAGAGAAAUCAGAAAACAUUCAUUUGUCUUGCAAAGAGAUUAUGGAUAAAAACAAUUUAUGUAUUCUCAAUGAUGAAUUAUUAAUCAAUGCUGCUAUAGAUGAUGUGUGUGAAAGAAAUCCAAAAGCAGUAAGUCACAAUAUCUAUGUUAAUGUGACCUGAGCAUCUUUUUGCAAAGUACAUAAAGAUGAAAAUCCUAUUUUAAAGAAACAAUUUCCUUUCAGUUUCAGUACCGGUACGUUUACUUUACCAUUCCAAUGAAUCACAAUGUUAAUAUAUGUAUCAUUACUUAUAUAUUAGUAUCAGUCAGCAUUUUGAUACAUAGGCACUGAAACUGAAAGGAAAAUGAAAUAUUAAAAUUGAGUUAUAGUUAUAGCUCUUAAGUUCAUAUAUGUGGUUCUACUUCUAUUUCUGUGUCUAGCCAUCUUGGGAUCAUAAAUUUAUGUGGGUUAGAAUAUUUUUGUUUGCAGUUAUUUACAUAAUCUUCUUUGAUGGAUAAAUUAAGUUGACAAGUUCAGUUUUACUCGACUGAGGAAAAUAGGGAAAGCUGAACUAGAAACAUCCAUAAUACUGGUAUGUGUAGUUUAAACCUGAAUUCAAUCAAAAUACAAAUAGUUUUUUUUAAAAAUUAUUAUUUCCUAAUUAACAACAGUUUUUACCAUCUGCUUGUGACUGUCACUGAAGGGAAAUCAGAAAAGCCUUGCUACCAAUACCGGUAUUCUUGUGUCAAAAGCAAUAGCGAUACCAGUAGAUUUUUUUUUUUUUUGAGGAACCACCUUUAGUACAACCCACCUUCUUUAUCACAGAUACCAAAGAUCAGUUGGAUCAGGGUGAAUUAUUUUGCUCAAACUCAAAAUAAGGACAGAAAGAUAUAAAAAUUAAUUUGAUUCCAAUCUUUCAGAUUUUACUUGCACUUGUUCUUGUAUGCUCCCCUGCUGUUGCAAAAUCUCAAGUUAACUGUUAACAUUGUCUUAGGGAGUGAAGUUCCAUGAUAAAUAAUGAUUUUGCGCUUGAGAAAUACUUAUGAUGUGUAGUGUUUAAAAUUUUCUAGUUUAAAAAUGUUUGUCUUGUAAGAAUAUUUAUCUAUGUUCUGAAAAUGAAUAUGAUAUACCGGGUACUGGGUAGUUACAUGGUAAAUCAAAAUCAUUUUCAUUUAUUUUUAUCAAUAAAGGAAUCUUACCGGUAUCUGAAGAGCACUAGUACUCUUAAAAUUAAAGAUAGUAACUUUAUAAAGGAUAAUAUUGUGGAGAUAGUGUUCAGGCAGCAUGAUGGAAGUACCGAUACGGUACCGGUAUUAAGACAAAAGAUGACUAAGGAUAUUUCAGAGGAACCCUUUAUUGUUUGUAGAAGAAGGCAUUCUCUUAAAAUAUUUUGUUUAAAAUACCGUAAUAAAAUAAUUUUCUUCUGUUCAGGUACCAGUAUAUCAAUAUCAAGCUUCCCCAUUUCUUUUUCUAACAUCCCCAAAUUUGAUAAAAGUUAAAGGGCAGAAUAGUAGGUUGUUUCAUAAAUAUCACAUUGACCCCUUUAAUUAUACUAUAGAAGAACUUGGAGGUGACUCUGUUUACUCAAUUUUCUUGUAUUUAAAGUGUCAUGCAACGUACAUCCCACAUAUUUUCUAUUGAUAUAUCAUACCGGUACAUGACGAUGCAGCAAAAAUAAAAAAUUUAUCAUGUUUUGUGAUGUACCAGUACACUGUACUGGUACAUUACAUACAAAGUCAAUGAGCUAAUGCUCAAUAUUUAUCUUAUUAUUUUUUUUUAUGUAUCAGGUGAAGGCAUACAAGAAAGGAAAAACCAAUCAAUUAGAAAUACUAUCAACGAAGGUAAAAAAGAAAUUGGAUGGGAAAGUUGCUUCUGGUAAACUUUAUCAACUUGUAAAGGAGAAACUUCAGAAAUAAUUCAACACCCUUGGAAAAUUAUCAUGUUAUUUUUAUGUUUCAAGUUGAAAUUCUAUAUACUAUAUUUACAAAAUUCUUUCAGUAGGGUAUCGGUAUCCCUCAACCUAAAGAUUUCUGUUCUUCACUUUUAUUACUGGUAUUGGUAUCUAUAGAAUACCCGUAGUUUUGAUAUUUUUUAAUUACAAGGGUCUCCUGUGAAAUAAUAGUUAUAAUUUAUAAUGGUUUAAGUUUAAUAAUUGGUAGAGACUGCAAUCAGGUUAGAAAAAUGGAUAUGAGCGAAACAAAGUGCCUCACAAUCUCAUAACCCAACAUAUUUUCUUUAAAACUGUGCGAUUCUCCUCGCUGACCACGACAUUGUCUCUUUGAUAAAAAUCUGCAAGACCUCCUUGUGCGAAUUUGCAUCAAAGCUGCCCCCUCCCAUUGGGACCAAGCCACGUGGACUCAGCCAUUGCAACAAUUACCUUUUCAUCAUCCCGACUCAACACAUUCCCUUCCUUAAGGCAGUUUUCAGAUAAGGGAUGGUUUCCUUUGUACCGGGUACAAGCCCCAAUGUUGUCUGUGCCAUUGUUUGUACCCGCUGUCAGAUGUCGUAUAUAGACUAGACAGGACGUCAACUAUCUGACAGAUGAACUGAACACCUCUGUAAUAUUAUGUAAGAUAAGCAGUUUCCCAUCUCAAAACACUUUAUUAGAAGUGACCACAAGGGGUCUGAGGAUUUUACUCUCGGCGCGAUUGUGUCCUGUACAAACACACCAAUUCGGGUGAAUUAGGAAAACAAGCUGAUCCAGAUAUAUGGAACCUUGACACCACAUGUCAUGUUUUCGUUCACCUGUUAAACAUUUUCUCCGCACCUUCUCGUUACAACCAAUCACAGUGGACUUACUUUUCCUCUCUUCUGUCCCUUUUUGCCUGUACCAGUCUUUAAUCUCUCCCCUACUUAUUUUCUGUCAAAUUCCUCUUGAUGUUCUCUCAGAUACUAUGUUAAGCUAAUUAUUUAAUUCUGUUUUUACUGUUUAUUCGCUGAUGAAGGCUUCUUGCCAACACAAUGGUUAUUUUAUUGCAUUUUCCAGGUUUUCCCAUAUCGGUACUUUGUUUCGCUCAUUUCUAAAAUAAUGGUUGCGUAAUGUACACUAGAAACCAUUCUAGGUCUAGAUACCCGGUACCAGUACCGUAUCUUUCUACAUAAACUUUAUUACAUAGACUCUAUAUUUUAAAAUUGCUCAGUUACCCGCUUUUGUCCAUGUAAAAAUUUCUUAGAUACCAAAAAAACACACACCGUACCACAUUUAAUUUAAAUCCCUGCCAUGACCUCGUUUCAUAUAUCAAUUAUCAAGUAUCCAGAAUACAAAGUAGUAAUCAUAUAAUAUAUUCUCAGUUGUUUUUUUAUGAAAUAUGAAACAAUCUACCAGUACACAUACUUAUAGUUACCAAUAAUUUGAACAAUGGUUUUAGUUAGGAAAAAAAUGACCAUGUUUAAAUAAUAAUUUUAAUUACCUAUAUGUAAUUUCCAAUUUUUCUUUGUUGCUAAAUCAAAAAGAAAUAAACUUAUCACAAAUAAUAAUUCAUUAGAUUUGUAUAAACUGAAACUGAUUGCAAAUAAUAAUCUUCUAGAUUUGGAUGGCUGUGAGUAAAACUGUUCAGCAGGUGCAUAAAUAAAAAUGCCAAGAAAUAGCACUAGUUGGAAUUCUUAUAAAGUGGUUUCUUGAAUGCAUGUUUUGUCAAGUAACUUUUUAGUAAAUGGGAAAUUCAUGCAUUGCCACUGUUUGGCGGGUUAUUUCUAGUUACUAUGAAAAAUAAAAAUUGUUGAAACCAU